AUGGUCUAUUACUUCACCUCCAAGGCGGUCGACCCGGCCGCCUUCAUCUACGUCGGCAAGGACAAGUUUGAGAACGAGGAGUUGAUCAAGUACGGCUGGGAGGAAGACGGUACGCAAAAUCUCAUCUCACAACCCUCAUCACUCAUCACUGACUCUCACUCAACACCCCUCACUAACCCCCAAAAGUUCCACGUAGACAAACUCUCCUCAGCCCACAUCUACCUCCGCCUCCCGGACCCAAAGGACCCCUCCACAACAACGCCCAUGACAUGGGACGCCAUCCCCGAACCCCUCCUCACCGACCUCGCCCAGCUCACAAAAGCAAACUCCAUCGAGGGCAACAAAAAGGACAACAUCACAAUCAUCUACACCCCCUGGUCCAACCUCAAAAAGGACGGCAGCAUGGCCGUCGGCCAGGUCUCCUUCAAGGACCCGCGGAAAGUGAAAAAGGUGCUCGUCGCGCAGCGCGAGAAUCCCAUCGUGAACAGGCUCAACAAGACCAAGGUCGAGAAGAAGCCGGAUCUGCAGCAGGAGAGGGAUGAUCGGUUGAAGGUGUUGAGGAAGAGGGAUCAGGCUUCUACUCUUGAGAGGAAACGAGAAGAGGCCCGCGUCAUGCAGGAGCGCAAGGAGAAGAAGUGGCAAAAGGACCACGCGUAUGAUGACAUCUUUACGGAAGAGAACAUGGAGGCCACGAGCAACCAGAACCGCGACGAGAACUGGGAGGACGACUUCAUGUAG